UGGGGUAUCGUACAAAAUUUGUGGUGGAAAAAUGGAAACUUGGUGGCAAAACGAGUGGACGACUCACUUUCAAGUGUCGCACCCACAAACAUAUCCACAAACGCCAACAAGUAUUCGCAAAUCUAUGGAGAUUUGAAUGGCUUCCGUUGCUCUCGGCUGUUUCCUUCCUCUGCAAACGCUUCGCCGCAAGCCCCUACUUUGCUGUGCUUCAACUCCUCACAGUUUCAGCCAAACCACACCCACCUUAAAGCCGAUCGUCGUCGAUGGUGAUCCGCCCACUUUCGUCUCCGCUCCCGGUCGCCGAAUAGUUGCGGUUGGGGACUUGCAUGGAGAUCUUGAUAAAGCUAAGCAUGCUCUUCAGAUGGCUGGUGUCUUGAGUUCUGAUGGCCAAAACUUAUGGGUUGGUGGACAAACGGUAUUAGUUCAGGUUGGAGAUAUACUUGAUAGGGGCGAAGAUGAAAUUGCAAUAUUGUCCUUACUAAAGUCACUAGAUAUCCAGGCAAAAGCUAAUGGGGGUGCAGUUUUCCAGGUUAAUGGAAAUCAUGAAACCAUGAAUGUGGAAGGUGAUUUUAGAUAUGUAGAUUCAGGGGGAUUCGAUGAGUGUGCCGCCUUCCUGGAAUAUUUGGAAAUCUGCAACCAUAACUGGGAAGAAGCGUUUGUUGGUUGGUCCAGUGUAUCAAGGAGGUGGAGGGAAGAGCGUGAUGUGCCAAAGAAUCAUUGGGGUCCCUGGAAUUUGGUAAAGCAGAAAGGAGUCAUUGCGAGAUCAUACCUCCUAAGACCAGGUGGCCCGUUGGCAUUUGAAUUGGCGCACCAUGCUGUUGUUCUCAAAGUCAAUGACUGGGUAUUCUGUCAUGGAGGCCUUCUUCCUCAUCAUGUUGAAUAUGGCAUAGAGAGAAUGAAUAGAGAAGUAUCACACUGGAUGAAAGACCUUGGCAUGGAUGAUCAUCCCCCAUUUAUUGCCACCAGAGGCUAUGAUAGUGUAGUGUGGAGUCGUUUGUACUCCAGAGACACGUCAGAUCUGGAAGAUUAUCAGAUCAAUCAGAUCCAAUAUAUUCUUCGUGAUACACUUCAAGCAAUAGGUGCCAAAGGAAUGGUGGUGGGACAUACGCCACAAAGUACAGGAGUAAACUGUGAAUUCAACUGUAGCAUUUGGCGAGUUGACGUGGGAAUGUCAAGUGGGGUCCUUGACUCAAGACCUGAGGUUUUAGAAAUAAGAGAAGGUAAAGCAAGGCCAAUCACGAGCAGACGAGAUAGAUACAGUGAGCUCCAAGUAGUUGAUUAUAUCUAGAUAUCUUAUGCUGCCUUCAUCCAUUGUUAUUAUCUGUUCUGCUCUCCCUUCACUUUUCGUGUUCAAGUCCACCUGAAGAUCUCCAGAGUUUGUGAUGUUAACCGCAGAUGCAUUGAACAUAUACUGGUCAGAGCCUCCUUAAAGGCAUUGUCUUGUGCACCUUAUAUACACAGACAGCUAUAUACAUACAUGUACUGUACAUAUUAGUGGCAUUGAGAAACUUCACUGUAUAUAAAGAGUUGAUUAUUUUCUAGUAUUACUACUUGAAUGGAAGUUCCCAUAUUUAUAGGGAGUAUAUUAUCAUUAUGUGGAGAAUUCACUCCAGCUUUGGUCGA